CGCGGGGGGGCGCUCCUCCCGUGGUCGUCGUCGGCUGCCCCGGGCGUUGGGGCUCCGGCCGGCUGGGGCGGGCGUCGGGCGGGGGGGGGGUCGGCCAUGGCCCCGUCCCGCCUGAAGCUGGGGCUCCGCGCGGCCUACGCGGGCGCGGGCUGCCUGUCGGGCCUGUCCGCCUUCUUCGUCUGGACCUUCUGCUUCCCGCAGGCCGGGACGGCCGCCGCCGGGGGGCUCGCAGGCGUGCUGGCCCUGUGGACGCUGACCACCCACGUGAUGUACGCCCAGGACUACUGGCGCACCUGGUUGCGCGGCCUCCGCUGCUUCCUCCUCGCCGCCGCCAUCUUCGCCACCCUCUCCGCCGCCGCCUUCUGCACCUUCCUCGUGCUGGCCAUCACCCGGCACCAGGCACUGACGGACCCCGUCAGCUACUACCUCUCGGCCGUGUGGAGCUUCAUCGCGCUCAAGUGGGCCUGCCUGCUCGGCCUGUACUCCCACCGCUACCGCGCGGACUUCGCCGACCUCAGCAUCCUCAGCGACUUCUGACCCCGCCCGCCCUUCGACCUCCGGGUCGGCCCGAGGAGGAGACCCAGCCGAGAGGGCCGGCCCCGGGCGGGGAGCCGGUGCGGGCCUCCCCCCGACCGGCCCGGGAGGGAAGACCCGCCGCGAACCCCGAGGCUGCCCUCGGCCCCGACGGAGCCGGAGCCGUUUUGAACUCUUUUCGUACGGAUCUAUUUUCAUAGCACAAGACGCGGGACCUUUUUAACGGCCGAGGCCGGAGGGGCCCGGCUGGGGUGGGCCGGGCGGCCGAGUCUGGAUAUCCCUCAGUCUUUCGCACCCACGCGUCCGCGCAGCCGAGCUUCACGGAGGGAGGUGAAGGACUCUUGCCGACGUCCCCGGGAGAGAGUCGAAGAAACCUUGGGUGGGCCCCACCCCGGUCACAGGGUUCGUGCUCCCCCAAGCCCACCGGUAUUCACGUAUUCACGCACGCGUAACACACCCACGCACUCACACACGGUAUACUCACACCCGCCCGACUCGCUCUCUCCCAGAUCCCCUUCCCACAAUGUCCGGCGGCCCGUACCUCCGCCAAGCCGCCUUUUUAUUUCCCCCGGGGCCCGGUGGCUCCGCCGCACCUCGGGGUCGGGCCUCGCCGGGUGCCGGCCGUUUUCGCUCUGCUCAACUACUGUCUUGAAACGCCGCUGGGUCCGCCCUCCCCGUCUCCCCCUCUCCCCUUCCGGCCCCGCCUCGGCCGCAGCUGUGGCCGGGAGGGGGAUACCGCCCCUCUUUGACCUUGACAUCCUUUUUGGGUUGGGGGGCUGGUGGGAGCCGCGACUUCGCUGGGGUGACCGCCGCCUCCUACCCAAGAAAAGCGGGUGGUCUGCUUUCCCACCCCCCCCCCCCCC